AUGACAUUCGAGUUCACCCAUGAGAUGGCCGUGAUCUCGAAUCGCCUAUGGGCUGUCCCCUCUGCUGUCGGUGCCGGUCUUUGCUUCCUCGUCCUCUUGGUGAUCGCAGUCGUCGCAAUACACCCGAAGUCGCGAUCACACCUCGAUCGUGUUAGUUUUCGGAUCGUGGUAUAUGCCCUUACCGCCAACAUGAUCUUCGGGAUUGCCAGUGCAGUUGGUGGAACUGAAACUGGUCCGGGCUUCAUAUGUGGAUUCUCAGUCUUUGUUCUACAGUUGACUCUGCAAUUCUCGAGCUGUCUUCUGUUUGCCAUUGCCCUUAAUCUUCAACUCGUCGUUGUCCAUGGCUUCAAUGGGCUAAAGUUGGAGAGAUACUACCUCAUCAUAUCUACUUUCAUCGCGAUCAUCCUGGCUGUGCCACCAUACGCUGCUGGACAAUACGGGUGGGAUCCCUUGGAACGAGUUUGUUGGUACACGAAUGACAACAGACACGACCGGAUAAUCUGGCAGGCCACCACACAAAUGGGGAUGACCUUCCUCACCGUCGUUGGCGAAGUCGUCUGCUCGUCUAUCGUUCUUAUAUUUAUGAUGAAACACAACGCUCGUACCAAGAAGCUAUUCGUCCCAGUUCGCACAUUCUCGGAGACGACCUCAGCAUCGGCCGUUGUUUAUGCUAAUAGACAUCGAAGUAUCAUUAUUCGCGUUGCACUCUAUCCCGUAGCAUCCUGUUGUGUCAAUCUUCUGAGUAUUGUCACUGCGUUGCAUUCGACCAUCUCCCAUGGUAUUCACGAUCGAACUGAUUACAAUGUUCUUCUACUCAGCGAUCUUCUAUAUGGCGGGCGAGCUAUAGUCUACGCGUUACUAGCGGCUUCUGAUCCGGCUCUUGUACGAGGCGCUAAAGCCCUCAUCUCACACGUCUUAUAUGGUACAGACGGAACGUCAACCUCAUCAGACGGGAAGACUGGAACCACAAUAUCUGGACACGGAAUCAGGCCAAGUGAAGUCUUCGUGGAGUUGUCGACAAUAACGGCUACCGACAAGAUGCCGCAGUCAUCUUCCGGCGAAGUCGACGACAACAACGCUACGACCGACAUCAAGAUGGACCAUCCCGACCACCAGCGCCAUCACAUCGAGAAUUUCCUGUCUCAAGGCGAGGGCGGGGAUCAAUCAAAAGAGCAGCCCGGCAAUAGCUAUGAUGAGGAAGCAGGGAGGGCGCGUGCUGCUGGGAUCCAAAGGCGGCGGAGAGAGGCGCAGAAGAAGGACAAGGAGGAACUGGAGGCCUUCACAAGGCAAAUUUGA